AUGCUUUCCAAUGUCCUAAGUCUAUUAACUUCUUCUCCAAAUUCAAAGUUGAGUCACGUGACGUUGCAAACAGGCACAAAGCAAUAUGUUGGACCGAUUACUGACUCAGUCAUUUCAACUCAACUCGUCCCCCAUGAACCACCCUUUAGAGAAGAUUACGCUAGACUUCCAUUUCCAAACUUUUACCAUGAUUUGGAAGAUAUUAUAUAUUCAUACUACAAAGCAUUCACCUAUUCUAUACACCGUCCUUCCAUAAUCAUUGGUGCAUCUUCAAGAAGUAGCUAUAAUUUCCUUCUUACGCUCUCCGUUUAUGCACUAGUGUGCAAACACGAAAACUACCCAUGCAGGUAUUUCGGUAACAAGUACACUUGGGGCCACUUUUGUGAAUUAUCUGAUGCUAGACUAAUAACGGAGCAGCAGAUAUGGGCAUCAACGACAAAGUGCGCUAAGAAUCAAGCUUUUAAUUGCACAAACGGUGAUAUGUUUACAUGGAAAAGUAUGUGGAUAGUGCUUUGUGAUGUAUUUGAAAUUGAGUUUGUGCCAUUCGAUGAGAAAGACAAGUUCGAUUGUGUCGACUUCAUGAAAGACAAAAGGAGUGGUUUGGGAUAG